GGGAACAAAAUUAGUCACUCCUCACUGCUACUUCUUCUUCUUCUCGACACAAAAGAAAAAUUAUCUGUUCACUUUCUUUCUCUUUUCUCUUGAAUGGUUAACGUCAAAAUUAACAUUUUCAUUUCCUUCUCUUCAUUGUUACAGCCAUGCCAUCGCGUCCGCCGCCACCCUCUCCUCACGCGGCGGUUUCCGCCAUCUCGCACCGUCGAGAGAUGAUUCUCUGCGGGGUAAUCGGCGGGGCGCUCUUCUUAACGGCGCUUAUCGUCUCUGUCACGGUCUUUCUCUACCGGAAACUCUCUUACAACCGAACGGCGCCGUUUGAGCACAACCAGCGACGUUUCUCUUACUCUGUUCUACGCCGCGCGACGAACUCGUUCUCGCCGUCGACGAAGCUCGGGCACGGAGGGUUCGGUUCGGUUCACAAAGCGACUCUGCCUUCUGGCCAGACCGUGGCGUUGAAGGUUAUGGACUCGCCCGGGUCAAUCCAGGGGGAGAGAGAGUUCCACAACGAGUUGACGCUGUGUUCGAAUCUGAAGUCGCCGUUUGUUAUUUCGUUGCUCGGUUUCUCUUCGGACCGGCGCGGUCGGAAGCUGGUUCUGGUUUACGAGCUGAUGCCGAACCGGAGUUUGCAGGACGCGUUGCUGGACAGGCGGUGUCCGGAGCUGAUGUGUUGGGGGAAGAGGUUUGACAUCGCCGUUUCGGUGGCGAUGGGGUUGGAGUAUUUGCACCACGCGUGUGAGCCUCCGGUGAUUCAUGGGGAUAUAAAGCCGAGUAAUGUGUUGCUGGAUGAGGAUUUUGGAGCGAAGAUUGGGGAUUUUGGGCUUGCUAGGGUUAAGGCGGUGGAGGAUCUGGGAAUGGUGGAGGAGAAGAAGGAAGGGGUUGUGGAAAUUGGGGUCGAGGAGUUUGGGGUGAUGGAGGAGGGGGAGAGUGUGAGUGUGGUGGAUGUUGACCGGUCGCCGGAGAGUUGUCCUGUGAGGGUUGUCGAUUACUCGGACGCGUCGCCGGUGGGGGGUGAUAAGUUGAGUGUGGUGUCGGAUGGGUGCUUUGAGAGUGUUGAUAGUGAGAAUGUGAAUUUGAAUAAGAAGAAGGGUGGUGGUGGUGGUUCAGGGAGGGAUUGGUGGUGGAGGCAGGAGAGUGGUGGAGGAGGGGAAUCGGGGAGAGUAAAGGAUUAUGUGAUGGAGUGGAUCGGGAGUGAGAUUAAGAAAGAGAGGCCGAAGAGCGAAUGGAUUGAUUCGUGUUCAUCUUCUUCUCCUAAGGUGGAGAAUGAGAAUGGGAAUGUUAAUGGGAAUGAGAAAAGUAAAAAAAAGGAGAGGAAGAGGUUGGAUUGGUGGGCCUCUCUUGAUGAGGAGAAGGUUAAAAAUAAAGUGAAGAAGAAUCGGAAGCCGAGGGAGUGGUGGAAGGAGGAAUUUUGCGAGGAAUUGUCUAAGAAGAGUAAGAAGAAGAAGAGGGGUUUGGAGUGGUGGCAGAGGGAGGAGGAAGGGGUGGAGCAGAAGAAGAAGAGGAAGAGUAAGGGGAGUAGAGGGAGUAUUGAUUGGUGGUUGGAUGGGUUGAGUGGGGAGAUAAGGAACAAUGGAAGGAGGAACAGUCAGGAUUGGGGGAUUAGUGGGGAUGUGCCGAAGAGUGGUGGGAUCAGUAGCACUCCUAGUAUGAGGGGGACUGUGUGUUACAUUGCUCCUGAGUAUGGUGGAGGAGGGCAAUUGUCUGAAAAGUGUGAUGUGUACAGUUUUGGGGUUCUGCUUUUGGUUCUGGUGGCGGGGAGGCGGCCGCUGCAGGUGACCGCAUCGCCGAUUUCUGAGUUUGAGAGGGCCAAUUUGAUUUCCUGGGCCAGGCAGCUUGCUCACAAUGGGAGGCUUUUAGAUCUUGUUGACACUUCUAUUCAUUCAUUGGAUAAGGAGCAGGCGCUGCUCUGCAUCACUAUAGCCUUGUUGUGUUUGCAGAGGUGCCCAGGGAAGAGGCCUUCCAUGAAGGAGGUUGUGGGAAUGCUCAAUGGGGAAGCUGAUCCGCCACAUUUACCGUUCGAAUUCUCACCGUCACCGCCGUCAAAUUUCCUGUUCAAGGGGCGGAAGAAGGCUCGAGACUAAUGCAGAAAUGAAAGGAAGAAAAUUGCGAGUUACAAGCCUUGUCAUUAGUUUAUAGUUUUGUUCUGGGUCUUUCUUUACAUGACCGGUUUAUUCUGCCUCUGACCUGGUUCUUGCCUUUUAAUCUGAAAGAACUUUUUGGAUGCAUGAUUUUGGCACGAAUACGUGUCUUUGCCUAUACAAAGUUGGUGAAUUUCAGGAAAUUUGGGGUCUCUUAAAGUUGAGGGAACAUUUCUUUUACUUUUGAAACCAUUUAGCUUGGCCCUUUUUAGAGAAUAUAUUUGUCUAGUGCCUACUGACUGUAACUUUGUAACAUUUUUCAAUUUUCAUGACCUUAGUGCUCACAAAGGACCCAAGGAGAUUUAUUUAUCUUUUUGUUGUUCGAACUUUAUAAAGUUGAAUGCACAUUUUGCCAUUGUUGGUAGUAUCGGUUUCAGUUGCUGAGCGAACACAUCCUAGCCCCAUUCGCGUCUUUUACAAGUAAUCAUGAUGUUACUUUGAGCUAAGUGGAGGCUCCACCGUCCCUGGAAAUGAAAAAAGAAUAAUAUCAUUUUAUCAUCAGUGCUUGGGCCUACGGCUAGCUUUUCACUCACAAGCUUUAAUCCCUUUGGAAGAUUUUUAUUGAGAAAAGACGUGAAAAAAAAAAUUACAUAUUAGAAGUAAAG